AUGUUUGUGCAAGGUCACACCAAGCCGCUGUGCAACUUCGUGGCGACGGUCGUCAGUCUGCGCCCGGUCCAGGUCACGUUCGUGACCUCGCCCUCGCUUCUCGAUAAGAUCGAACUCGAGAUCGGGAAGAGCUUCUCGUCCGUCGACGAUCCUGCACGGAAGUUGAUCAGGGUCGUCUCUUUGCCCAUCGAGUCGGCCGGGAUCAACCUAGGUCAGGCGGAAGAACCGUUCCGACAGGUAGUGACCGCGCUUGCGAAAGGAGAGGCCAUCACCUGCGGAGCUCGAGGUACCGUCUUCGAAGUUAUCAAUCCUCCCAAAGCUGCCAUAAUAGACUUCUUUGCGCUGUACGCGCUGCGCGCCUUACACGAUAUCUCCAAGAUCCCAGUCCUAGCAUGGGGAAGCCAUAGUCCGGCGCACAUGCUCCGGAGCUACGGGCCCGUCGAGAGGGGAGGAAUGGGCGACAUGAAACCGAUGGUGGAAGCCCUGGCCGUCAAAACGGGGAAAACUGUGCCGGAGACGCUCGCAGUGGCCCUGAACAAUUUACCUGGAAAACUGGUCACGGUUGGGGAUCUGCCUCCCAUGUAUGACUACGAGUUCUUUCCGCAGAUGAUGCCUCCUAUGCUCUAUGGGCCCUUCAUCACGAUCCAACACGCGUCUCACAAGCGAGUGGCCUCCUUCCUGAAGGAGUGCGACGGCGUCGUGUUGACCACGGAUCCGUGUAUCGACCAAGGCGGUAUUCGUGCCGUGGAAGAAUGGAUGGCGAGCCGCGAUCCGCCCAGGAAGGUAUACAGCAUAGGCCCGCAGAGCGCGUCCGCUCCUGAGAAAGCGGAAUCGGUUCAGUCGUCGACAGCAGAUCCUGCGACCGCCUUCCUUGACUCGAAACUCGAGUCCCACGGAGCCCAUUCGGUCGUAUAUAUCUCCUUCGGAACGACGUGGGGGCCUUGGGGGAAUCCUCAGCCAUUGUGGACGUUGCUCGACGUUUUGAUAGAGAGAAACGUGCCGUUCAUCCUUGGCCAUGCGUCACCGCAAGCCAUCAUUCCCGACGAGGUAUCGGCCAAGGUUGAGCGAUCUGGGCUCGGGCUCCUCUCGAAAUGGACGCCCCAGCAGACCAUCCUUGACCACAAGGCGACGGGCUGGUUCCUCACGCACGCAGGUCAAAACAGUGUCGUCGAGAGUCUCGGCGCCGGCAUCCCCAUGAUAUGUUGGCCCUUCCUCGGCGACCAGCCGAUCAACACCGCUGUCCUCAGCGUCAACCUCAACGUCGCCUACCAGCUUCUUGAGGUGCGCAGCGGAAGGCACGGCCUGAAGCCUCUGCACCGCACAGGUCGUGCGCCGGAGGGAACGCCCGAGGCCGUGCGGAGGGAGUUCAUCGACGUUUUGGAGAAGAUGAAGGGACCGGAUGGUGCGGCUAAACGCGCGAAUGCCGAGAAAAUCAGGGAUGCACUUGCUGCGACCACUCGUGAGGGUGGACACGCGAGACAGGCGUUGAUGCAUCUCCUCGAUGACCUGAAGUUCUAG